UAAUUAGGAAUAUACAAUAAAAAUGUAGUGAGCUCAAUUUUCACAUUAGAAAUAUCGAUAAACGCAUAUUUUUUUAUUGUUGACACACGCUAGAGGUGUCUUCUUUAACUCUUGGAUUUCUUGAAAAAUUGUGUAUAAAGAAGUUUUUUAAAAAGUGUUAUAAUACAAUCAAUAGAAAAUCGUACGAUCCUUUGAACUCAUUUAUAACAAUAUCGGACGAUUAUAACCCAGUCUGGACUUGAUUCUAUUUGAUUUGCACUGACAAUCGGAAAGAGUGCGACAAACAUGUGGAUGUGUUUAAAACGGCUUUUAUGUUUGUUGACUUAUUCUUUAAUUUAAACCGCUUAAUUGGUAUCCGGCAUAGUUUCUACAGUGUUUCGAUUGAAGUGAACACAUUAAAAGAAGUGGAUUUUUUAAAAUGAAGAAUAUUUACGAUGAUGACGAGUGUUGCAGCGCGGCGUAACGGAAAGUCGUCUCCCGAUGGUAGUCCAUCACAGCACUCUUCCUUCUUAACAAUAACCAUGGGAACCUGUUGCUCAGACCUGUCGCUGAAUCAGCGCCACUGCGUGCUGCUUUUGGUGGUGAUGGUGGUCAGUUACUACCUCAUAAUGGACGCCACCCUUUACCAAACCUUCCAGGCGGUUGAUCUCGUUAACGAGAAGAAGGUCCCGGGGCAGUCGUGGUCCCCUUUCCGUCCCCUCUCUGUUAAGCUAAUUAUGACUGAUCCUACGACGCACUAUGUGAUAACCCCUUCAUCCGAGUAUUUUAACGACUUCACGCACUUUAGUGAAGUGUUCUACUUCAUAACGCCAAAUAUGAUCACGUUUACACACGUAUUUCUAGCCUUCGUUGCUGUGAAAUGUAUAGUCUCAGAUUCGCUGAAAAAUAGGAGAAUUGGUGUCAUAUUGUAUGAAAUCCGGACCUUCUUUGACGCUCUAGACGGUGCCGUGUACCGCGCACGCGCAGUCAACAAGACGUACGAAUCUCACCAUGACGAGAUUGGCUACUGGAUCGACUCUUUUUGCGACACCAUGGGCGGAAUAGCUUUAAUAUUCGGCAUAAUUUUCUUUUUCUUGUGGAAGCAACCGCCGAAAAAAGAGGUCGGCUCUUUGCCGUGGACAAACGACGAUCAGAACGGCAACCUGAUAGACUCGUCCAGCGAAAAACAUGAUACCAGGACCUAUAAGUAUUAUACAAACAAGACCAUAUUCUGGCGGUGCUUGUCCUACGGUGCGCAGAUAGGCCUGGCGUCCGCCAUGUGGGAUCAGACGUUGUGGAGUUAUAACGACAUCUUCAUGACGCCAGCCAAUAUGCCGAAUGCAGCGUCACGUCAAUCUCAGGCACUACAUUCGUCCUAUACUUUCGCCAUUUGGUGGGCUUGGCGUAUGUUGGAGGGCCAGGCGCUAAUUCAUUACUUGCUGUUGGCCAUACUAUUUGACUAUGUCUGGGAGUUCCUUCGUUUCGUGCAGUAUUGGGGAUUCGUCAUUCUAGGCAUCCUUAUUUUCUCCAGCUAUUAUCAUGUAUCGUCGCUGCGCCAGUUUUUGCUGGUUCAAAGCGACUCAACAGGUGUCACAUCGGGUCAUUGAAGACAUCUGUCUGACGUAACUUCCGGCCUUCAGUUUCCGGCAUCUAAUAGGAUCUUCCUGAAAACCACAAAAAUGUUCUCAAGAGGACACUACAAGUUCUGGAUUUAACAACUCUGUGAUAUUUUAUUAUACCUGUAAAUAUGAAUAAUUUACUGGAGUUUACGAUCAUUUAUAACGCAAUUGUUGGUGUAAUGAAUUCUCGUUCGGAGAAAAUUGGGCUUAAUGCAUGUACGUUAUGUGUCAUUCCAGAUUAGCCCGUGCAAUCCCCACAUUUUAUCAGGGAUGACACUUUCUGAUUUAUUGAAUUUUUCGUUUAAAGGAAGUCUCUUCUUAGCGAAAUUCUAUUUAAGGCGGAAACUGUCGUUUCAGAUUAGCAUCUGCGAUGACACUUAAU